AUGCGACAAAUCCUACUAACUACAACACUAUUCCUACUUGCCAAUGCUCAAAUGGACGAUAAUGCCCUUUCGGAGGACAAUCGUGCAAAUGACGUGCCAAUCGACAUUAGGCUGCUGCUCUCGGAGGAUGUUUUUAAAGAACUCAGUUCCGAUGUGCAGAAUUCGCUGGAAGGCCUGUUCUUAAGUGAUAUCCGGAAUAUUGCGGCUUGGUCCCGAAAAUUAGGGCAGUUUUCGGAUGGCAAAGAGGCCCUCCACGCUUUGAAGAAAACGAGUGAGACUUCAUACAACUAUAUGAAAAGGCUCUACGACGUCUAUACCUUUAGCUAUCAAGGGCUGACCCCGGGUGCUAAGAAGUACUUUGAUCAGGGAACCUCUGAUAUCAAGAAGCUUCGUAGCACGGACGUGGAGACCAGGAAAAGAUGGUUUCUUGAAAAGCACGCCGCUUUUCAACAAUUGUCCUUCGACGAUCAAUCUUCAAUCGAAGACUUCUUUCCUCUGGUGUUUAAGGUUGCGACCGACAAGCCCUUCCGAACAAACGUCAUCAAGAAGCUCGACCGCCUGAUGAGGGACAGAUUUUCACGCCAAUUCUUGAUUGCU